AUGCCUGUUGUCGUGUCUGAUGACAAGUUCACAUCAGUGCACAUUGUGUCUCGACUACGCCGAACUGUCACACUGUCCUCACAACUCACAGAUGCCAACAACAACGCAACUCCAGAGAUUUCUAUCCACAGGAACAAGCCUCCUCCAUCUGCCAUCACUCAAAAGCCUGCACAACUGAUCAGCAAACGAGCAGCCGAUGAUGUAGGCAGUCUGUCGGCAGAUGAAUGUGCGCCUGACGAGGGUGCUAUGGAGGAUGGGCCCCAUGAAAGCAAACACUUGCGACGUGCUGUUGCAAACGACCAUGCUGACAUGUCUUUCGAUGUGCUCACAGGUAUUUUAUUUAAUGCUACUGCUUGCACCUCUAACGUGCUUGACAGACACCGAAUCCACGGCACCUGCAGAAAUGCGCAUAGGCAAGUCCAAACCUUUGAUGCCUCAUCUGUUAAUGCUCACACUUUUGUAGGAACGCUCAAUAGCGAAGGCUUCAAGUGUAUCAAUGACACCCACACCACGGUCUCAGACCCGAGCAGUGCAAUGAGAGGACGUGUUCAAUCAGGUGCCAUGGAUCACAACAUAUUAUUAGAAGAUAUUGAUGUCCAAGACAUCAGCACAACCAUGAAGGCACGCCAGGAGGACAAGACCAUGGAUGUAAGUGCCUUCUUUGGAGCACCUUAUGCUGCGAAGUCGAAGGAUGGCAAGACUCGUAAUGUCAGAGACUGUAAAUCGUGCCACAAGAAAGGCUUGCCUCAUCAAAUUGAUGCAUAUUGUAAAUGGUGCAAGGCUAACAAAUUUGAAUCAAUGCUACCUCCAGAUGUGAAGGAACGAAAAAAUGCAGCCGCAGUUGUGAAUGCACAGCAGGGCAGUCUUGAUCCUCAUCUUCACAAGGUUCAACCAUGUGAACAUGUUCUCCCAUAUUCUGACAAGCUUUUUCGUGAAGCUGCGAUUGAGUGGUUGGCAUCUACUAACCAGCCAAUUCAAGCAGUUGAUCAUCCGAGCUUUAAGAAAAUGAUUGAUACUGCUUCGCGGGCCACGACGGGUGUCCUCAUACCGAAUCGAAAGGCAAUGCAAUCCAAAAUUGUUUCCAUCUUCAAGCAGCAGAUGACGAGAUUAAAGGAAUGGCUUAAUAGUAAGGCUGCAACAGGUGUCGUCAAUCUAACGUGCGAUGCUUGGCAGGCAGCAAAUGUGGAGGCAUAUUUUGCCUAG